AACUACUUCCAAAGCAAAAUGUAUCAGUUACUGUGACUAGCUAACAACAACUUACUCAAGUGUUCAAUAUGAAGUUCCUCGCUUGCUUCUUAAUAUUGUCGAUCUUCCUUUUCCUUGGACAAACUCAGGCACAAUGUCCGAAUGCGCCAAGAUACUACAGCUGCUCGGGUGGCUAUCAUAGCGGUUAUGGCGGCAGUGGCUGUUACGGAGGCACUAGAUGGUAUUACAAUUACGGAGCUGAUGCAUGCUACAGUUUCCAUUAUAAUGGCUGUGGCGGUAACUCCAAUCGUUAUUGUUCGCUUGCAGCCUGCCAAAAUAACUGUGAAUAAUAAUAGCGAAUUGAUUUUGAAUGUAAUCGACCGGAUUUCGAAAAUAAAAUAAUUUCAUUUCAAAUAUAAA